AUGAUCACAAACAAUCUGGCUAUAGGAAGCUUGUCGUUGGGACAACACCCUUCUCACUCUCUGGACCACAAAAUCCAUGUCGCGGCCCAGGCUGGCUACAAAGGAAUUGAGGUCGUAUUCUCGGAUCUGGAGAGAUAUUCCGAAGCACAUAAAUUGCCAUUGAUGAAAGGCGCCGAGAGCAUCAAGGAAAUUUGCGACAGGGUUAACAUUUCAAUUCUCUCUUUGGCACCUUUCGAGAAUUACGAGGGUGACAGAUCUGCGCUGAGUGGCAGACUGCAAAAGGCAUCUCGAUGGAUAAACAUCGCGAGAAUUCUCAAAGCACCCUACUUACAAGUCCCGGCUCAUUACGGGGCCGAUGCCAUUGGCGAUAUUGAUACAAUUGUGUCUGAAUUACAGCAGCUAGCAGAUCUGGGAAGCUCGGAUAAGCCGAUCGUCUCAAUUGCAUACGAGCCUAUGUCAUGGUCAACCCACCACUCAACAUGGGAAUCAUCGUUGCGCCUAGCGGAUGCGGUUGAUCGGCCAAAUUUCGGUUUAUGCCUCGAUACGUUCCAUAUCAUCACCAAGAUCUGGGCGGAUCCUUUCGCGUUAUCGGGUAAAUAUCCCAACGCAGACAAGAUACUGGACGAGUCCUUAUCUCGCUUCGUACAUCAAUGCCCGCUCGAUCGAAUCUUCUUCGUCCAACUCUCUGAUGGUGAAAGGUUUGACCCGCCUUUCUCAAAGAAACAUGCAUGGUAUCUAGAAGGCGAAGCACCACAAUUUACAUGGUCUAAGCACGCACGCCCGUUCCCAUAUGAAGCCCAUUUGGGAGCAUACAUGCCAGUGGCGGAAGUUGCAAGAGCUUGGAUUGUUCAGAAAGGAUAUAAAGGUUGGGUUUCGAUGGAGAUAUUUGACCGACGCAUGCGAAGUAAGGAUAGCCGACUGGAGCAGGCAGCAUCGCGAGGCAUUGAGUCGUGGAGAAGACUUCAGAAUGAGCUUGAUGUUCCGAAAACGAAGCUCUAG